ACGCAAAAUUUCUUUUUAUCUAUAUUCAUUUUUUAGCAGCUAUUUUAUGGCACACUUUAAUAUUAUUAAAAAGAAAGUCUAAUUCUCAGGCUCACCAUAUUCACAUGCGUAUUUUUAUAUAUAUAUAGUAUAUAUAAAAUUGAUAGAUUAUACAAUAUUACCAUUUGAAAAACAGUGAAUUGGAUAUUGGGCUAAAUUAUUUUUUUUGCAACUUUGAAUAUUUACAAAGGUUUAAAAAAUUAUCAUUGUUUCCAAUUGACGAAAAAACAAUUUCUAAUAAUGUCCAAUGAACUGACGGUGAAAGAUAAUGAUUAUAAUAAAACUAAUAAUCAAGAUCGUUCAACAUCAGUUGUGGAUGUUAACUGUUCAAAGUUAUCUGAACGUGUAAUAUCUGAUAUUGAAAGAAUAAUUUAUCGGAGAGCCCAUUCAGAAAAUCAGAUUAAAUCAGAUGUGAAUUAUGAUGAUUUAUGCGGAGCAUGGAUUUAUCCGGAAAAUCCUAUUUAUUCUCGAUACGUUAAACGGUCGGAUCCAAGUUUAUGUGUUUGGAAAUACUUUACUGAAGAAGAUUUAGUGUAUUUAAAACAGCACCAACAGAACAAGGAUGUGAUAUGUUCUUUCUUUGAGAAUAAAUUCUUGAAUAAAAAUAUAGAAAAAAGUAAGAGUGUUCUUACAAAAAUGCUGUGGGAAUUUUUUCGAUUUGCAAGGUACCACAGUUUGAGCUUAUAAUAUGCUUUAUCGUUAGCAUUUAAUAUAAUGAAUAAAAUUUUUCAUUUAUUUACCAGAUUGCAUUCGUUUACUGAGAAAGGUAUUUCUGGAUUAUUAGGAAUUGUCUAUUCAACACACUUGUUUUUUCUUUCGCAUCCAUGGCAGACAGCUAAAGAAGUUUAUCAGUUUUUUUAUAAAACUGUAUUAUUGCAUGUUGUCCUGGUUUGUAUUUUGUAAUAAAAUUAAGUACAAUUUA